AUGGGAUAUUUGGAGAGGAAGAUUUACUGGGCAGAGAUUGCGCAAGGCCGCGAGGGGUUCAAUCACCAGGAUGCCAGGGUUGCGAGGCCUUUAACUAUCAUCGAACAGCUCACAUUAAAUGCUCGGGAAGCCGAUAUCACGGCCAAAGUGGGAAAUAAUUGGGUUCGGCUCGGCUAUCAGGUUGGAGUUGCCGAACCCGUGCCAUCCUUCCAAUACUCUCGUCUUUGUCGUGACAGGGGAAUUACUUCGAUAUACUAUGCAUAG